AUGAAGGUGAUGAAGGUUCCACAGCUCUCACACCAUGUAUACCUUAUCCUACUGGUUGCCUCUGUACGAUCUCAAGUCAACCCAGAAAUGUGUCGAUAUCCUCUCGGUAUGACCGGUGGGCAGAUUCAGGAUGAGGACAUCUCUGCCUCCAGUCAGUGGUCUGACUCAACUGCAGCAAGAUUUGGCAGACUUGACUUAGAUAACGGAGACGGUGAUGGGGCCUGGUGUCCGGACAUCAUGACAGAGCCAGAUGGCUUCAAGGAGUAUCUCCAGGUGGACCUGCGUUCACUGCACUUUAUCACACUGGUGGGCACCCAAGGUCGCCAUGCUGAUGGCAUGGGUAAUGAGUUUGCCCAGCGAUACAGGAUCAAGUACAGCCGUGACGGCAGCAAUUGGGUGGGCUGGCACGAUAGGAAGGGAAGGCAGGUCAUUGAGGGGAACAGGAAUGCGUAUGAUGUGGUGCUGAAGGAUCUGGAGCCUCCCAUCAUUGCUCGUUUUGUCCGCUUUAUGCCUGUGACAGACCACUCUAUGAUUGUAUGCAUGAGAGUGGAGCUCUACGGCUGUGAAUGGCUGGAUGGCCUGGUGUCUUACAGCAUUCCAGAUGGGCACCAAAUGAUCUACAGAGGCCUAGAUGUCUACUUUAAUGACUCUGUUUAUGAUGGAAUAUCAGCUGAAAGACUGACAAAGGGCCUCGGUCAGCUGACAGACGGCACAUGGGGUCUGGAUGAUUUUCUCCACAGCCACAUAUACGGCAUGUGGCCAGGGUACGACUAUGUGGGCUGGAGCAACAGGAGCUUCCCCAAAGGUUACGUGGAGAUGAUCUUUGAGUUUGACCGUGUGCGAAACUUCACCUCCAUGAAGGUUCACUGUAAUAACAUGUUCAGUCGAGGGGUGAGGAUGUUCAGACAGGCCAGCUGUUACUUCCGCUCAGGAUCAGAAUGGGAGGCUGACCCGGUGACUUUCAAGCCCACUGUUGACCGCGUGAGCCAAAGCGCCCGUUUUGUCACAGUGUCCCUCGGUGACCGCACAGCCAGCACCAUCAAAUGCCGUUUCCACUUCAGUGACCUUUGGAUGCUGUUCAGCGAGGUGGCCUUCCAGUCAGGCUCAGCAGUGUACAAUACAUCUCUGACUUCUCGCAAACGAGGACACCCCACAAACACACUACCAGGGGAUGAUCCUACUCAUAAAGUGGAUGACAGCAACACCAGGAUCCUGAUUGGUUGCUUGGUGGCUAUCAUUGCCAUCCUAUCGGCUAUUAUAGUCAUCAUCCUGUGGAGGCAAGUCUGGCAAAAGAUGCUUGAAAAGGCAUCUCGUCGCAUGCUAGAUGAUGAACUCACAGCUCGUCUUGCGGUCCAGACCCAGGCCUUCUCCUCCCACCACUCCUCUCUAAUCAGUGAGAGUGGCUCCACCUCCAACUCCACCUAUGAGAGAAUCUUCCCCCUCUGCGCCGACUACCAGGAGCCUUCACGCCUUAUUCGGAAACUACCUGAGUUCGCUCAGUCCACCGAACAUCUUGGACCGAGCACUUCCUGUAAAACCCUUGCAACCAGUGGUUCAGACAGUGCCCCCCACUAUGCGGAGGCUGACAUCAUCAGCCUUCAGGAGUCUGCAGACAACAGCACCUACCCCAUCACAGCCGUCAACAUGAAUCUCUUUGCUGGCAAAGAUUCGUCCAUGAGAGAGUUCCCCAGACACAAGCUCACCUUCAAGGAGAAACUGGGAGAGGGCCAGUUUGGAGAAGUGCACUUGUGUGAGGCCGAGGGCAUGCAGGACUUUUUGGAUGAGGAUUUGUCUAUAGAGGGAAACAAUGAGUCACCUCUGCUGGUUGCUGUGAAAACACUGCGGGAAGACGCCAACAAGAAUGCAAGGAACGACUUCCUGAAAGAGAUCCGAAUCAUGUCUCGUCUGAGGGAUCCCAACAUUGUCCGUCUGCUGGCGGUGUGUGUGGACACAGACCCACUGUGUAUGAUCACUGAGUACAUGGAAAAUGGAGACCUGAACCAGUUCCUCUGCAAUCUCAGACUGAAAGAAGCUGCUGAUGAAGACAAGACAGAACAGGUGCAAAAAGAGGGGAAGAGCAUGGUCAGUAAACUAAUUGGCAUGGCUGUGCAGAUUGCAUCCGGUAUGAAGUAUUUGUCCUCUCUCAACUUUGUCCACCGUGAUCUGGCGACCCGCAACUGCCUGGUCGGUAAGAACUACACCAUAAAGAUCGCUGAUUUUGGCAUGAGUCGGAAUCUGUAUAGGGGAGACUACUACAGAAUCCAGGGCCGGGCUGUGCUGCCCAUUCGCUGGAUGUCCUGGGAGAGCAUCCUACUGGGUAAAUUCACCAUGGCCAGUGAUGUGUGGGCAUUCGGUGUGACUCUGUGGGAGAUUCUGACUCUGUGUAAGGAACAGCCUUACUCCCAGCUCUCUGAUGAGCAGGUCAUUGAAAACACAGGCGAGUUCUUCAGGGACCAGAGCAAGCAGGUGUACCUGCCAAAGCCACCCUGUUGUCCUGAAAGAGUCUACAACGAUCUCAUGCUGAGCUGCUGGAGGAGGAACGCCAAGCAGAGGCCGAGCUUUCAGGAUAUACACGCUCAGCUGUUGGAGAGCCUGCCGUAGCAGAUGGAACAGAUGAUUUCCCUCUGCCAUGCACUUUUGUUCCCAUUUAUUUAGAAUUCAUUUGGAGUCAGAAACAGCCUAUUAAAUGUUUUCCAUUUGCUUGUCAAGAUGGUGCUGUAAAUAACAAGAUACAAGCAGAGGGUAUACACUUGAACAGAGCCUUAUAUUUUAGAUAUCAUGCAACGUAGCACUAUUCACACGGUGUAUUCACACCUCUGUGUAUUUAUUCAUGUCUUUGUAUUUCCUAUGCUGUCUAUUUAUAGAGUACUCAACAGUAA